AAAGUAUCAGGGUUACCUCUUAAUGCCUAUAUGCUGCAUAAUCUGGCUCAUGUGGAGCUGAAUGCAAUUGAUUUGGCAUGGGAUACUGUGGUUCGGUUCUCACCAUUCUUGGAGACUCUUGGGGAAGGAUUUUUUGCGGACUUUGCUCACGUCGCUGAUGAUGAGAGUCGCCAUUUUGCUUGGUGCUCUCAGAGGCUGCUGGAGCUUGGAUUCAGGUAUGGAGAUAUGCCUGCUCAUAAUUUUCUUUUGAGAGAGUGUGAGAAAUCCUCUGAUAAUGUUGCUGCUCGUUUGGCAGUAAUCCCACUGGUUCAGGAGGCCAGAGGGCUUGAUGCUGGGCCACGUUUGGUGCAAAAAUUGGUCGGCUUUGGUGACAACAUGACAUCUAAAAUCGUGGGUAGGAUUGCUGAUGAGGAAAUGGCUCAUGUAGCCAUUGGUGUCGAUUGGUUUAUCUCCAUUUGUCGGAAAAUGAACCAUGCUCCUUGCUCCACUUUCAAAGACAUAUUGACAGAGUAUGGCGUAGAGUUGAAGGGCCCUUUCAAUUAUUCAGCUCGAGACGAAGCUGGUAUUCCUCGUGACUGGUACACGUCUUCAUCGACAAAUAAACAAGAUGGGAAGGAGCAGCUUUCUGUGGUAUAUGAUAGGCUGGCUCACAUCAUAUCUAUGGAGAGUGAGAACUCUAGUUCAAGCAGACCUGCCUGAUGAUUUUGUUCAGAUCAGGUGAAACAAGUUCACUCGUAUUACCACAGCAAUUGCUUGGGUACGAAUAUUUACACUGACUACAUACAUCAGCGGCGUGUGGUAUGCCAGGUG